UCACAGUUGUGGUUAAACCUUGUACGACGCAUCUCAGCGCAUACUCGCGGAGAACAGCAAGUAAAUCACAGUGCUCGGAAUCCACUAAGUUAUAUAUGACUUUGCAUUCUUAAGUUGUGACCGGCAUUAAGGUGACACACCAUAAGAGAUAAAAGGUACCAUGAAUUGGGCUUUUCUUCAGGGUCUCUUAAGCGGGGUUAACAAGUACUCCACUGUGUUUGGGCGUGUGUGGCUGUCCAUAGUCUUCCUCUUCAGGGUCAUGGUCUUCGUUGUUGCUGCAGAGAAAGUGUGGGGUGAUGAUCAGAAGGAUUUUACAUGUAACACCGCUCAGCCUGGAUGCCAUAACGUUUGUUAUGAUCACUUCUUUCCAGUGUCCCACAUACGUCUCUGGGCGCUGCAGCUCAUCUUCGUCACCUGUCCGUCUUUUCUUGUGGUGCUCCAUGUGGCGUACCGCGAGGAACGAGAGCGAAAGCACCGUCUGAAGUUUGGUGAUGGCUGUCAGCGGCUGUAUGAAAACACUGGAAAGAAGCGUGGUGGUCUCUGGUGGACGUAUGUCCUUUCACUGGUAUUUAAGAUGGGUGUGGAUGCAACCUUUGUGUACUUGCUGUACUAUAUCUACGAGGGCUAUGACUUCCCAUCCUUGAUAAAAUGCUCUGAGCCUCCUUGCCCCAACGUGGUCGACUGCUUUAUUUCUCGGCCCACAGAGAAGAGGAUCUUCACCAUCUUUAUGGUGAUGACAAGUCUGGUGUGCAUUCUGCUCUCCCUUUGUGAAAUUUUCUACCUGGUGGUCAAACGUUGCUUUGAAUGUGUCCAGAGGUUGCAGGGGUCACGACAGGUACACAAGGCAAAGUCUAUCUCCAACAUGAGGAGCUCAACUGCUCUCUUGGAAUCAAACAGCAAAAAACUGGCCAGCAAAGACCAGCCAGCGCCUGCAUACAGUGUGGUCAUCUCAGAUCAUAAUUGAGACUCUAAAUUCUUCAUGUUCACCAGAAUGUCAGCUGAAAUUGUACUGACUCAGCAGGCAGUUGGCAUUGGAGGAACCUGCUUAUAGGCUUGCUUUAUAUCCACUGGAUUUUUUUCAUGUUUUUGCAGGAAAGUUGUGGCAUCAUAAGCAAAAACUAUGGGCAUCAACUUUGUAGUAUUCAGAAUAUUGUAAUGUUUUUAAGUAUGAGUAAAGCAAGGUAAUUUAUGAUUUAGGUAAAGCAUCUAUUAGUCCGAGUUCCAACCAACAAGCAGUUUGGUUCUUUAUACUUUUUAUUUUUUUAUGCAACACAUACCAACGAACAGAACAGACAGGUCACUGGUGUAUCACAUACAGAUAAGAUGUUCAUGUACAGUUAACUUUAUGUCAGGGGUUGCUCUCCAAAUAAUAUCGGAAAAGCAGUUUGGUUCUUAAUUCAACUGUGAAAACAAAACAACCAACAUGUGCCCAAUAAUAAUAAGUUAAUAACAUCAAUCACAACUGACACUAACUAGCAAAACAUGACAAAGUGUUGCUAAAGCACACUUCCCUGCACCUUAAAUAAUUAUACAUUAUAAGAGAGGCAAUAUCUUGAAUAAGCAUUGACAUUAAAAAUGUAUUCUCUUUGCUGGAUGUGAGAGGAGUGAGAGUUAUUGUAUUGUAUAUCAGAUGGUGCCUAAUCAAAUUAUUAUGUCUUGUGGCAGGAAAAUGCAGUAUUUUAGGGUGCAAGAGUUUAUUGAGAAAGAUUUAUAGUUCUGCCAGAUGAUCAAUUUCAGGUGUACAUGUGUUGAGUGUUUUCCUGUAUACCUCAGUGGUAGAGCAUUGCACAAAAGGUCAUGGGUUCAAACCCAGUUAACACAAAUACUGAUAAAAAUGUAUAGCUUGUAAUGCACUGUAAGUUGCUUUGGAUAAAAGCGUUUGCCAAAUUCAUAAAUAUAAAUGAGUGAGAGAAAGGUCAGUUUUCAAGUUCACUGAUAAAGAUGCAUUUUUUUGUAAGUAAAAAAGUCAACCUUUCAAUAUACUAACAAUUACAUCCUUUUUACUGUGUUUGGAGUUGUUUACAUUGUGAGAUUUAUUAAAG